UUAUCGCGAGAUCGACUGGAGGAGCUGGUGGGUACAUUACAAACAUAGAUUGUAUAAACCCCAGGACUGUGGCCCCACUAUCCACCACUCAGGUACAAGAAUACACAAAUUGAAACGACUAAUCACAUACUAUAAGGAAAUGUUUACGAGGGUCCGCUCUGUUGUUGUUGUUAUUAUCAAACAAAACACCCCCUGUGAAUCGGGAAAACAUGUUACCAUGGUAACCAAGGGCAUCACAUUCACAACACGAGAGGAUUCUAGCAGCGAAACUGCGAGACUGAUUUUUCCCCCAAAUAUACUAAUCUGAGGGUUAUACGAAGCUGAGAAAAUGUACAAAGUGGAUUUGCCCAUAGACCAGUCCAUAGAAAAGGCUGUGCAAAGGAGAAGGUCUGCAGAGACAGCACGCAAGGCCCGAGUGUUCAACACAAGGCUCCGUGUUAUGGGCCUCGAUACUGAUGCUCUCAACCAACAGGUCCAAGAGAAAAAACACCAGCAGAACAUGGAGAUGCAAAGAGACCAAGCUUUUGAGAAGCUAAGGAUCUGUCACGAUGAAGCACUGGUGCAACAAAAAACUGGUGAGGAAGAGAAGCGAGCAGCUUUACACACCGACCUGACCCAGUAUUGGGCCACUCAUCAGCGUGUGGAGGACUCUUGUGAUGCUGACCUCAAGUGUGGCCUGAAGGGGGCGUUCAGGAUCACCAUUCCAGAGAGUGAGCUGGGGCCGGCCAGUAUGCAAAUUUUUCAGGGCGAGGAUGUGGGACGGGAGCAAAGGAGGAGGGAACAGAUAAGAAAGGCAGAAGAAGACCUGAGAGCACAGAAGGAAGAACAUGAGAGGAGGCGUAUGCGUGACAAGCAACGAGAGACGCUUGUGAGCAAAGAGCUGGUGUAUCAGGACCUCAUGGGGGUUCAGCUGUACACACAGGAGGAGGAGUGUAAGAAAGCUGCCCGUGUUGCCCUCGACAACUGCAAUCAAGCUCUGGCUGUAGACCGGGCACAGAACCUGGAGGAACAGCACAGGAGAGAGGAGAGGGAGAAUGUGGCUGAAGUGUGGCACACAUUGACAUCAGACAUGAUGACAGAGUGUCCAGAGGCAGCCGUGAGACAGGUGGGAGAGGGGAGGCCACCCCAGGUUCUGGUAGACAAGUGGAAGGGGAUGAGACCUGAGCAGCUGAGUGCCAUCCACAGAGGGAGAGAAGAACAGCGUGUUGAAAAACAGAGACAGUAUGAAGCUGAGAAGGCUCAGAAUGCAGCGUGGGAGUGCCGGCUCCUAAAGCAGUUGAGAGAAGUGGAGGAGGAGGAGAAGAGAGCGGCAGAGCUGAGGAGAGAGAAGAGACUUCAGACAGACCUCUACAACAUGCAGCUGGCCAGGGAACAGCAGGCACAUCAGGAUUACCUGAACAAGCAGCUGUACACCAACAAACCCAGCAAGGACUACUUCCAUCAGUUCAACACCAGCUCCCGCUGACUACUGAUCGCUUCACAGGCUUGUAACAAUGUGCUAAUAAAAUCUAUUUCUUGCUCCACUCAA